AAGUGCGGAUACUGAAUGGUACAUGUUACAAACUGCGUAAUAACAAGUUGGUUGCUAAAUUUGACCUUCCUGUUCUGUAUCUACUCUCAUUAUAGACAACUAGUCUCAACCAAAAGAAAAAAGAUAGUUUUUGCAUUGAAUUCUACCAUUACAGGAAAUUCUUGCAACCAACAAGAAAUGGAAGAAGAAGCACUUGAGAUCAGAACACCUCUUAUAACCAAAGAUGAAGAUUCUGAUGACAUCCCAUCAUCAUCAUCUUCAUCAGAAGAGAAUUCACCAGUCAAACAAGUUGCCUUAACAGUGCCUACAACAGACGACACUUCUCUACCGGUUCUCACUUUCAGAAUGUGGGUUUUAGGGACUCUCUCUUGUGUCUUACUGUCAUUUCUGAAUCAGUUUUUCUGGUACCGUACAGAGCCUUUAUCAAUCACUGCAAUCUCUGCUCAGAUUGCUGUAGUGCCUCUCGGUCAGUUGAUGGCUGCUAAGAUUACUGACAAAGUGUUCUUUAAGGGAAGUAGGUGGGAAUUCACAUUGAAUCCAGGACCAUUUAAUGUUAAAGAACAUGUUCUUAUCACGAUCUUUGCUAAUUCUGGAGCUGGAAGUGUUUAUGCCAUUCAUGUUGUUACUGUUGUUAAGGUGUUUUACAAGAAGCAUAUCACCUUCUUUGUUUCUCUGCUUGUUAUCAUAACAACUCAGGUCUUGGGGUUUGGAUGGGCUGGCAUAUUUAGAAGGUACUUGGUAGAGCCUGCAGCUAUGUGGUGGCCAGCUAAUCUUGUUCAAGUUUCAUUGUUCAGGGCACUGCAUGAGAAAGAAGAGAGGACGAAAGGCGGUGUAACUCGCAUACAGUUCUUUAUGAUAGCCUUCAUAUGCAGCUUUGCAUACUAUGUAUUUCCAGGCUAUCUCUUCCAAAUGUUGACAUCACUUUCUUGGAUAUGCUGGAUAUUCCCCACCUCUGUCAUGGCUCAGCAACUAGGUUCUGGCCUCUACGGUCUCGGAAUUGGUGCGUUCGGCAUUGAUUGGUCUACCAUCUCGUCCUAUCUCGGAAGCCCACUAGCCAGUCCUUGGUUUGCCACAGCUAAUGUUGCUGCAGGGUUUAUCUUUGUGAUGUACAUUUUGACACCCUUAAGCUAUUGGCUUAAUUUCUACGAGGCCAAAACUUUUCCUAUAUUCUCAGAUGGACUAUUCACAUCAACAGCAAAGGAAUACAACAUUUCAGCUAUAAUAGAUUCCAAUUUCCAUCUUGAUAUUGCUGCUUAUAACAAAGAAGGACCCCUUUAUCUUAGCACAUUUUUUGCAAUGACUUAUGGAGUUGGUUUUGCUGCACUUACUGCUACAAUUGUACAUGUUGCUCUCUUUCAUGGCAGGGAGAUAUGGGAACAAAGCAAAGCAAGCUUUCAGGAGAAGAAAAUGGAUAUCCAUACAAAACUGAUGAGAAAAUAUAAGCAGGUUCCUGAAUGGUGGUUUGUUUGCAUCCUAUUGGGUAACAUUGCAGCCACUGUUUUUGCUUGUGAGUAUUAUAAAGAGCAGCUUCAAUUGCCAUGGUGGGGUGUUUUACUAGCUUGUGGAAUUGCUUUUGUCUUCACUCUUCCCAUUGGCAUUAUUACUGCCAUCACAAAUCAGUCACCAGGAUUGAACAUCAUAACUGAGUAUAUAAUUGGGUAUAUCUACCCAGGAUACCCAGUUGCUAACAUGUGCUUCAAGGUGUAUGGUUAUAUAAGUAUGACACAGGCCAUAACUUUCUUGCAAGACUUCAAACUUGGCCACUACAUGAAGAUUCCUCCUAGAACAAUGUUCAUGGCACAGAUUGCAGGAACAAUGAUUGCAUGUUUAACAUAUCUGGGCACUGCAUGGUGGCUACUGGAAACAAUCCCAGAUAUCUGUGACACAACAGCAUCAAACAGUGUCUGGACUUGUCCGAGCGACACAGUGUUCUACGAUGCAUCAGUAAUAUGGGGUCUUAUCGGACCCAGAAGAAUUUUUGGUGAUUUAGGAUUGUAUGAGGCAGUCAAUUGGUUCUUCCUAGCCGGAGCAAUUGCACCAGUACUAGUAUGGUUAGCUGCCAAGGCAUUCCCCGAACAAGAAUGGAUCAGACUGAUCAACAUGCCGGUGCUAAUAGGUGCCACAGGAAUGAUGCCACCAGCAACAGCAGUUAACUACACAAGUUGGAUAAUUUUGGGAUUCUUUUCUGGGUUUGUUGUGUAUAGGUAUAGGCCAGAUUUAUGGCAGAGAUACAAUUAUGUGCUUUCUGGGUCUUUGGAUGCUGGGCUUGCUUUCAUGGGAGUGCUGAUAUAUCUUUGCCUUGGGAUUGAAGAUAUUAGUGUUGAUUGGUGGGGGAAUGAUCUUGAUGGUUGUCCCUUAGCUACUUGUCCAACUUCUAGAGGAGUUGUAGUUGAUGGUUGCCCUGUUUUCAGCUAGACCUUCAUUUGUUUAUCUUCAAUUUGCUUGUAAUUGCUUUGUAAUUGCUUUGUAUAGAUCAUGAAAGUAAAUAUUAUGUCACAAUUGAGUAUUUCAA